AUGACGCCGUAUGGGUCCUCGAAAGUCCAAGCCUCCCCACGGCACAGCACUCGGCAGCCAAUGGCGAUGCAGAAGCGGACACGGCGAGCUGGAGGGACGACCCAGCUGUCCGGGUGGUCAACGGAGGUCGAGGUUGCAAGACCGAUUGGGAGUGCGUACGCUUUGUUCGAUAUCACAGGCAUGAUAUUCAAGCGAACAAGAAAAGAGACUGUCAUUCAUCAGGACUUCUCAGUUUCCAUCAUGAGCUUGCGAGCACGCCUACAUGUAGUUGCUGCUGGAAGCCGAGCAUACAAGUACAAGAUGCCUACCAAGUCGCCUUAUCCUGACGUGGAGAUUCCCGAUGUGGACCUCUGGGGUCUGACGUUCGAUCGCAAGGAUCGCGAAUUUUCCGAUGACAAAGUCAUAUACCGUGCGGUCAAAUCAGACCGCAAUUACACCUUCUCGGACGUAAAGAAGGCCGCAACACAGUUUGGCAUUGGGUUACGGGAUCUCUGGGAUUGGCAGAAAAAUGAUAUACUGGCAUUGUAUACACCAAACGACAUCGACGUCCCACCAGUCAUCUUCGGAACUUUCUACGCAGGUGGCAUUGUUACACCUGCCAACCCCGGAUACUCCAAGGAUGAAUUGGUUUACCAACUUAAGAACUCAGGGGCCAAAGCACUUGUUACCACUAUGGCGUUUCUCGACACCGCGGUCCAGGCAGCGAAGGAAGUCGGUAUUCCGGAUGAACGUCUGAUCCUGCUAGGUCCUGAGAAGCACAGUGCAAACAGGUACAAGCACUGGACUGCCAUUGUGAAAUCGUUUGGAACGCCAAACUAUCGCAGAAGAAAGGCCGACCCUCAAGACCUCGCAUUCCUAGCAUACAGCUCUGGAACUACCGGACUGCCAAAAGGUGUCAUGCUCAGCCACCGCAACAUGGUAUCUGACCUCCUUCUUGCAAAAGGAGCGAUCGGGAAAUGGUACUCGUCAGAAGACAAAUUCAUAGGCGUGCUUCCGUUCUUUCACAUCUACGGGCUCAUGGCGCUAGUGCUACAAACGAUACACCGGGGUAUUGAGCUCGUUGUUAUGCCAGGCUUCGACAUGAAGACGUUUUUGGAAACAAUUCAGAACCAGAAGAUCACCUUUGUAUACGUCGCGCCCCCCAUCAUCGUGCGCUUGUCCCGCGACGCAAUGGUGGAAAAGUACGAUCUCUCGUCCAUAAAGAUGAUGACAAGCGGUGCCGCUCCUCUCACAAAAGAGCUCGUCGAAUCCGUGCACAAGAGACUGAACAUCAAGAUUACCCAAGCAUACGGUCUCAGCGAAACAAGCCCCAUGACACAUGGCCAGCCCUGGGACGAAUGGUACUCCUCCGUCGGCAGCGUCGGCAAGCUCCUCCCCAACAUGCACGCCAAAUACAUUGCCGCAGACGGCACAGAGCUAGGUCCCGGCCAAGUCGGCGAGCUCUGGAUGUCCGGCCCCAACAUCUUCAAGGGCUACUGGAAGAACGAAGCGGCGACAAAAGACGCAAUUACCCCCGACGGCUACUUCAAAACCGGCGACAUUGGCUUCCAAGACGAAAAACACAACUUUUACAUCACCGAUCGCGUCAAGGAACUCAUCAAAUACAAGGGCUUCCAGGUUCCGCCUGCAGAGCUCGAGGGCAAACUCAUGGAGAGCGACUUGAUCGACGAUGUAGCCGUCAUUGGCGUCAAUGAUGAACAGCAGCAUACAGAGAUUCCUAGGGCGUAUAUUGUCGCAUCCAAGCGUGCAGGAGCGGGCGAGAAAGAAGCGCGGGCGAUAGUCGAAUGGAUGAAUAAGAAAGUGGCGAAUCACAAGAGGCUGAGAGGCGGCGUUGUGUUUGUGGAUGAGGUGCCCAAGAGUGCGAGUGGCAAGAUUUUGAGAAGGUUGUUGAAGGAGAGGAGUAAGACGGAUGUGCCAAUGGGUGUUUCGGCAAAGGCGAAGUUGUAA